AUGUGCAAGUUUCCUUUGGCGUUUCCCUGCGGCCACAACCGAGAAUGUGUGGAUCUGGUAGGCUCCUACCACUGCUCCUCCUGCGCGUAUGGCUACACAGGCAGCAACUGCGAUGUUCCUGAUGAUGAAUGUGCAAUGAACGUUUGCCUCACAGGAGACUGCAUUGAUGGCCCCGAGCCGUAUGACUUCCAGUGUGUAUGCCCGGCCGGAUUUACGGGUAAGUCAAUGAUACAAUUAAUUUUCUGGACUAUUCUAGGUCUGUUUUGUGAGGCAAUGAUCGACCUUUGUGUUUCGGCCCCAUGUCAGAAUGGCGGCUCGUGCAUUCCCACAGCCAACUCCAUCACUUGCAGAUGCCCCCAACAAAAUAUGGGGCCUCUUUGUGAAAGACCUGCUUCUGCCUGUUUUCCAAAUCCUUGCCAGAACCACGGGGCUUGUCAUGAGAUGGAGAACGAUGCCUUUCGGUGUCUUUGCUCAGACAACUUCUCCGGGAGAUUGUGUGAGAGAAUGAGGAGCUGGUGCGAUGGUCAUGUCUGCUACAAUGGAGGAUUAUGUCGGAAUCGUUCAGCGUCGUUGCAGAAUCGUCUCAUUUCUAGUGCGGAUGAUGCCUUUUGCGAGUGUCAAGAAGGUUGGAUGGGGAGACAAUGUGAGGUCAGGAUGGUUCUCUCAUGCGAGUUGUCCCCCUGUGUUAACGGCGGUAUAUGUCAGGAUAGUUCUGACGGCAAGCAAGGAUAUCGUUGUCAGUGUCAGGACAUACCUGGUGCCAGGCUCGAUGAGAACUGUGAGUUCGUGAACCCGUGCGACCUGUCACCGUGUGCCAACAACACCCUUUGUGUGUCACUUCCCAACUACACGUUUGUAUGUGUCUGCGCGGGAGGCAGAUCAUGUGACCUUAGGAAGAGGGGAAGGAGGACGGAAAGGAAGAAGAGAAAUGACACCAGCAAGCCUUUGCUCUUGGAGGACUAUCUGAUCCCUGUGGGACCAGACGCGGCAAGGUCAGGUGAUGGUGAACUCUUUCAGGAAGAGGUCAAGGACGGUGCACGUCUGCUGUUACUGUCUGGU